AUGUCCGGCUCAAAUCUACACAACGCUCUCCUCCGCCCGCCAAUCAUCCAGAUCCUGCGCGCAGCCGGCUUCCAUGCCACACGACCCUCCGUUCUAGACACCCUCGCGGACCUCACCGCUCGAUACAUCAUGAUCCUCGCCUCGUCCGCAACCUCCCAUGCGGCGAACGCCCAUCCGAAUGACCCCGUCCCGGCCCUCGAAGAUAUCUACCAAGCCAUGCAAGAUGCAGGCGCACUGCGACCACAACUGCGAGACUGGGAGGAGGACUGGGAGGGAGAAGAAGACGUGCGAGGACUGGAGGGAUUCCUGUCGUGGUUCACCGGCCCGGCAAAUCGAGAGAUCCGACGAAUCGCCGGGUUUGUGCCCAGCGAAGGCGACAUGGUUGACGCGGACGCUCUGGAGAAGGAGGAUUUCCUGACGGCCCUCAAGAAGAAACACAGCAAAACCGGCGAGGAGUCGAGGUAUAUGGGAACCGCGCUGGGGAAGACGGCGGACGAAAACCCCAUCGUCAUCGAGGGCGGCGCGCCCAGUCUUCACGAUUGGGGCUCUCAAAUGCGGUCGCGAGCGCCGUAUAUGGCGGAUAGCGAUUCAUCCGGGGUCAGCAGUGCGCCGAGCAACCUGUCUGAUGGCGAAGGGAUGGAUGUAUGA